UCGCAGGUUGUUCUGCAAAAGACUCCCAUACAGGUUUUAUUGGAGAAAUCGAACUUAAUGAGAGUUGCACAAUUGGAUGAUUUGCAACCUGGGGAGGAACUGAGUCUAGAAGUGUCAGAAGAUGGUGUGGCAAGUCUUGCGUCAGUUCAGCCUUCGCCUGACAAGAAUAUGUCCACUCAUGCUUCUCAACAACCUGGACCUGAUCGAAGUGUUUCCAAUGCUGCUUCAUCUCAGUCCUCCAAUGCUGCUUCAUCUCAGUCCUCCUCGAGGAAGCGUUCGGUGGAUGGCACACCAAUUCAUAUCAGGGACAUGGACUUGGAUCGUAUUCUUGAGAAUGGGGGACUCCAGGGAAAACUUGUUCUCACUCAUUAUGCGAAAAACAAUGAUUUAAGAGAGACUCAUAGGAAUCAUCUCGCUGACUGUAUUUUAGGCGAAUACCUCAAGUCUGACAUUGACCGCAAACUUCCUGAUCAUGACAUAGCGGAGUUAACGAAACUAAUUCUUAAGAGAUUCCCUACUGAAGUCAAGGCGGAUUGGGACCCGUCCAAAGAGUCAGCCAAUCGUGAGAAGGCUGUUGGUCGAGGUUUCCUUCUCAAGAGGUACUAUCAUAUGAGGAGGGAAAUGCACAAGGGAAACCUUCUCAAAUCACCAAGUACUUCUAAAGAGAAGGUUGUUGUUGUCAAUGGUCAGGAAAAUGUUGAUCCAGUUUUAUUUGAAAAGCUUCUUUGGCUAAGUAAUAACCGGCAGCCUUGGUCAAAAGUUUUAGAACUCUGGAAAGAAACACACACAGGGCGCUACAACAAGUUUUACAGAACCAAACAAUCCAUUCAUGAAUAUUUUGAGGAGUAUCCAGCAUUAAAGGACAAAUCAGGAUUUUACUUGAUUGAAUCAGAUUAUGACAGCAAGUUUCCAGAGACAUCUAUGAAUUUCUUUUUAGAAUGGCCAGCUUUUGCAGCCUUUGUUGAAUCGAAGGUCAACACUGAAGGCAAAGAACUCAUUGACUCAGCACUUACAAGUGAGGGAAAGAAAAUCCAGACCAUCAGGGCUAUGAGCUACCUAUUCCCAGUGAACACAAUUGCAAGGAAAGGAAAGAAGGUUUUCAGACCUUCUCGUGCAGAAGUUGGAGACACACUGAUUCUAAUUGUUCCGUCUCUGGGUGACAUCGAAUCCACCAUCAAAGUGCUCCUUAGGGACAAGUAUGAGCCCUUUGGUAUGAAUUUGACUCCUCGAGUGAUACUAGUGGGUCAGGAUGAAGAUACUGUCACGAAAUCCUUUAUUAGAAUCAACAAGAUUUUGUAUGAAGUGGAAAACCCAUUAAAAGCCUUCGAUUAGACAUUCAAGAUCAUCCAUGCUCUUGAGGCUGAGUAU